UACAACACUGCGAAGCGUCAGGGGCAGGUUUGAUGUCUUUCAUUUACAGAAUAUCGAUCGAUUUGUAUUAAUGGGUGAUGUUUUAACUCAUCCAUUAAUAGAGUGGCAUAAUUCAAUUCUUUGCUUCUCAUGAAUUGUUACAUCCACCAACGCGCCUGUUGUGUAUUGUUGGUAAGCGACAUAUCCGAGGUCUGAUUAUGGCCGCUUCACAACAGUUCCUGUCAACUCCGGCCAAAUUACCAAAAUUAUGGCAACCCAAGUUACACGAAUGGAACCCUUAUCACUGCAGCUCUCCUGAUGUUGCCCACGCAGGAUGGCGGAAAUGGAGCGCGGAGCAUCCCGACUGGUACGCACGCCGUGCUUCAUCACAGCAUCCCGACUGGUACAACCGGCGGAGGGAUACAGUGAGGAGAGCUGACUACAAGAACAUCAACUGGCAUAAUGAGCGUCCCUCUAAGCCAACCGCUCGGACACACGACGAUUUCGUACCCUACACCAACGAGGUGAUGAUGAAAGACGUCAUCAAGCCAAUGCCACACAACAAGGGAUUCCAGGGCACCGUGACCUUCCCGAAACCCUUCCCCAUGGAAGUCCCUGCCCCUAAGUGGGGACUGUACCAUCCGCCCCACUACGAAGAACCCACCAGGCUGAACCACUUUGCUCCCGUCAGAUACAGUGGAUAUUAUAACUAAACAAGAUACGUCAUUCGUCACUACUCGCUUCUUUCCGUAACCUAUAGGUCUUCAUUCGGCUUGUUCCGGAUUGGACGAGUUGGUCACGAAUGUCACACAGUGGCGGACGUCUCUCGCAAUCGCUCGAGUUCGCUCCGCUUGUUCCGAUACCUAUAUAAUCCCAUUUUACGGAGUGAGCCGACUGAUAUCGCAAUAUGUAGACAUGUUCUUGUCAAACGUUCCAUGAAGUUGAAGAAACUAGGUUAUGAUUUGCUCUGUUCACCCUCGCUGAAAUCUUUUAAAGCUGUACCUCAAAUAAACAAAGCCAAGUUGUUAAUAUUUGCGAUCUUUGAGGCAAGAUCUGAGAUCAGUUCCCUACAGAAACGCAAUAAGCAUGUCCUUCGUAUAAUAACAGUUCACCAAUCAGAUCAUUCGUGAGCACUCGUGUCAUCCCGGGCAAGCCGAAUAAGAGGUGUAACGCAUUCGUCACCACUCGCCUCUUUCCGUAAACUAUUCGGCUUGUCCCGGAAUAACACGAGUUGGUCACGAAUGGUAACGACGAAGGUCAAUCAGAUGUUCUUACCCACCUUAAGAAGGCAAAUGUUUCUUCAUUGGACUGAGAUUUUAACCGACCAAUCCCCAACCUAUACCAUCUCCAUAUAACGCCACCCUGACUGAGCUUCAUUGGUAGUUUAACAAGACCCCUAUAACUUCCUGUGAUUUGUAAAAUAUGUACGCCUCAUAUUUAAAGUGAAAUAUACAAGGUAUUAUGAAUGUGUGAGUUACACAUAACACCGAUUUUAUUACGUAAUAUUGAUAAAAUGAGCGUUGUGGUCAUAACAACAUACGGAGACUAUUAAUUCUUUUUUCCUAAAUUCGUUUUUGGAAUAUGUUUUCUCUGCAACAAAUAUACACGCAUGCAGUUCUAAGACGUUUUCUCAUUAGUGAGUGAGGUUUAUAACACUAUAGUCGUCAACUUACACAUUUAUAUCAAUCUACACUUGCAGGGUUGCUCUUUCUGAUCUCUGAUAAGAUUCUGACACCAGUUUCUAAUACCAUGGUCUUUAGCAAGAUAUUUAAAUUUCGUGUAUUUUUGCGCACAGAGCGUCAAAUACGAAAGACCAUGCACAUAUUAGAACGCCCUGUGUCUGUGGUAAAUAUCCUACAAUGUAGGUAGGGCUGAAUACUAUUAUAUUGCUACAUGUAUGCAUAGCUGAUACGUAAGCUCAGAUACAUGCCUUUCAAAUUCACAGCCUCGAUUAUCCAUCGUAAUCCUUUCCAUUACGCUGGAUAAUUGAGGAUUCUGGCCGGCGAAUAUUUAACAAGCAUAUUUUUGUUUUAUCAUUAAGCGCAAUUGUACGGUGUGUUAUAUGCAUCAAUAAGAAUCAGCUCUUACCAAUGUGUGCGCUAUUGCAGUGCUUGACUACUGCUGGUAAUAUAGAUCGUUGAUCUCCACGUUAUUGCGUUUAUUCAAAGUGACUAUUUUGUUAAUCCUUGAAUCUUGAUUAUAUCAAAUAGAGUAUACCCCUUACUUUAAA